AUUUCCGAUAUGUCAUUGCAGGUCACGAAAAAUGCACAUUCCACCACGACUUGGAGUUGGACCACAACCCGCCGACACGCGAGGCGAUGCUCCCGGAGAUGUCUCGCUCGUACAGGCUACUUCUCUCCUCGCUGGGCGAAAAUCCCGAACGCCAGGGCCUGCUGAAGACCCCCGAAAGGGCCGCCAAAGCGAUGCUGUUCUUCACAAAGGGCUACGAUCAAAGUCUGGAGGAAGUGCUUAACGACGCCAUCUUUGAUGAGGAUCACGACGAAAUGGUCGUUGUGAAAGACAUCGAGAUGUUCUCGAUGUGCGAGCACCACCUCGUCCCCUUCUACGGCAAGGUCUCCAUCGGCUACCUGCCCUGCGGGAAAAUCUUGGGUCUCAGCAAGCUGGCCCGAAUCGUCGAGAUCUACUCCAGAAGACUGCAGGUGCAGGAGCGACUGACGAAACAGAUCGCCGUCGCCGUAACCAAAGCCGUACAGCCGGCCGGUGUCGCCGUGGUCGUCGAGGGAGUGCACAUGUGCAUGGUCAUGCGAGGCGUGCAGAAGAUCAACAGCAAAACGGUCACCUCCACGAUGCUGGGCGUUUUCCGAGACGAUCCCAAAACGAGAGAGGAAUUUCUAAACUUGGUACACACAAAGUAAACGAGUGCCGCCCGUUUUACCAUGACCUAAAUCAAAAAAUGGACCACGCUUUUUCAUGUACUGUAUGUUUAAAGGUAUUAUACACCAUAAGAAUAAUUUGAUAUCUUUUACAAACAUAUUGGCCAAAUCUAGUGUGUUCAAAUAUAAUUAUAUUUUGAGAAUA